CUGCUCACUAGUUGGGCGAAAACGGCGAUGACAGAACAGCUGGCAAUUAGCAUAAAAAAACCAGAAGUUCACCAAUAGGAUUGGAGCGUGGUUUUCACUCCCUUCUCGGUUAAAAGGAAACAGAGCACGGAGAGAAUCACUGGGAUUUAGCAUCCAUACCCGAUAUUACUCCCGGAAUCGGAACCGGACCUCGCCUUGUUCUUAGCAAUGGCUUUCCACAAAGCAUUUGACAAUGUCGGCAAAAAGCCAGGUCUUACCAUCUGGAGGAUCGAGAGCAUGAACCCUGUGUUAAUCCCAGAGACACAGCAUGGGAACUUUUACAUCGGUGAUGCCUACAUUGUCCUUAACGUGGCUGCGGAUCUUAAGAGUAGCAUCCAUAUGUGGCUGGGAAAUCAGUGCCAGAAGGAUGAAUCUGGAUCUGCUGCCAUUUACUGUGUGCAACUGGAUGAAAGUCUUCAAGGUGCUCCCGUGCAGUACAGGGAAGCACAAGGCAACGAGACAAGCAAGUUCCUGGGCUACUUUAAGAAUGGAAUUGUGUACCAGGAAGGAGGUGUUGCAUCCGGCUUCACACACGUCGUCACCAAUCAGGCGAAUAUAAAGAGGCUACUGCACGUGAAGGGCAGGCGAAAUGUGCGGGCCUGUGAAGCGCCUUUUGCGUGGAGCAGCUUUAAUAAGGGAGACUGCUUCAUCAUCGAUGUUGGAGCUGAGAUUUACCAGUGGAAUGGAUCAAAGAGCAAUGUUCAUGAGAAGCUCAAGUGCUGUCAACUUGUCACAAGUAUCCGUGAUAAAGACAGAGCAGGGCGCGCCAAGGUACAUGUGUUGGAAGAAGGACAGGAGCCCAAGGAGGUCAUUGAGUUACUGGGUCCCAAACCAGACCUUCCAGACGCUGUUCUUGAAGAUAGCGCCGCUGAUACCCGUAGCAAGCAAAAGGCCAAACUCUACAUGAUCUCUGAUGCCAGUGGGCAGUUGAGUUUAACAGAAGUAGCUGCGGAGAACCCAUUUAAAAUGGCUCAACUUUCUACCAACGAAUGUUACAUCCUUGACAAUGGGUCAUGUGGUCACAUAUUUCUGUGGAAAGGAAAAUCUGCUAGCAAGUCUGAACGGAAGGCUGGAUUUGAAACAUGCGAGUUCUUCGUUAACACAAAGAACUAUUCAAAAAAUACACGGAUCGAAAUUCUCGCAGAGAAUGGUGAGACACCAUUGUUCACUCAAUUCUUUUCCGACUGGAAGGUGGUAGGCCAGACUGAAGGGCUUGGGAAAGUGUACACCAUUGGCAGUGUUGCCAAAAUCAAGUCAAUCCCCUUUGAUGUCACGAAGCUUCAUGAAUCGCCAGCCAUGGCCGCACAAUACAACAUGGUGGAUGACGGGUCGGGCAAGGUCCAGAUUUGGCGGAUUGAGGAGUUCAAGAAAGAGCCUGUGGACUCUUCAUCUUACGGGCAGUUCUACGGUGGAGACUGCUACCUUAUCCUGUACUCUUACAAGUCGGGUGACACACAGAAGCAUCUCAUUUACAUUUGGCAAGGCAGCAAGGCUACAACAGAUGAACUUGGAGCAUCAGCUGCCCUUGCAGUUGAACUUGAUCAGCAGAUGAAAGAUUUGCCUGUCCAGGUGCGGGUCACUCAGGGUCAGGAGCCUCCUCAUCUGCUGAGCAUAUUUAAAGACAGACCACUCAUCGUGCACCUCGGCGGGACCUCCAGGAAGGGUGGCCAGACCCCUACGGCAUCAGUACGGCUUUUCCACAUCAGGAUGAGCUCAACGGGAGCUUGCAGAGCCGUUGAGGUAAAUAGUGAUGCCAAGUCUCUCAACAGCAAUGAUACGUUUGUGCUAAAGACCCCUCAGGAGACAUAUAUUUGGAAAGGCCUGGGUGCUAGUGAUGGUGAAUUAAAGACUGCCAAGGCAGUGACCAGUGUUUUGGGGGGAAGUCUAAAAGAGAUCCAAGAAGGAAAAGAACCAGAAAGUUUCUGGAAAGCGCUCGGUGGGAAGAAGGAAUACCAGACCUCGAAAUCACUGAAAAAUGAAGUUGUUACUCACCCAGUUCGUCUGUUCGGAUGCUCAAAUAAAACGGGCACAUUUGUUAUUGAGGAAGUCCCGGGAGACUUCACACAGAGUGACCUGGCAGUUGAUGACGUUAUGCUGUUGGACACUUGGGAUCAAAUCUUUAUUUGGCUUGGCAAGGAGGCCAAUGAAGUGGAGAAGUCGGAGUCCCUGAUGUGCGCAAAGAAAUACCUGGAAGCUGACCCGGCUGGACGAGACGUGGGGACUCCCAUCAUUACUGUGAAACAAGGAAAUGAGCCAUUGACCUUCACUGGCUGGUUCCUUGCUUGGGAUACAAACAUGUGGGAUAUGAGCCCUUUGCAAAAGGCUCUAGCUAAGUUCCAGGUGUAGUGAUGCGAAGGAGGUACACUGCUGCCCCCUCUCUGCUUGCUCACAUAUUCUAGCUGCAACGCAUUGAAGCCUUGGGUUCGCCGGUGCCAGUAGAAGUUCGGCAACUUACUCCACCAUUAAUGGCUACGUGAGUGAAUUGAGUAUUUAGUUCACUCAAUUCAGCUUCAACACAUCACGAGUAAUAAUCGCAAUAAUCACAGUGACCUGCUUCCAAGUUUCCCCUGCUGUUGGUUCAGACUUGUUUUUAGAAACUACAACAUGUUCAACAGUUCUAUUUAAUAUCAGAGAAAGUAUACAAUAUACAGCCUGAAAUUCUUACUCUUCACAGUCAUCCACGACAUAGAAGAAAAACCCCAAAGAAUGAUAGGAAAAAUGUUAGGAUCCAAAAGACCCCCCCCCCCACCUACACACAAGCAGCAACAAAACAUUAACCCUCCCCUUAUCCCUCCCCACAUCCCUCCCCACAUUCUAGCAAAAAGGGUUUGCCUCCCCGUCACUCACCAGCAAGCAACAGCAAAGUGCCCAAAGAGACCAUGACCUACAGUGCAUCAAAAACCACUGUUCACCCAGCAGUUUGGCUUCCCUCAGGCUCUCUCUCCCUCUCACUAACAAGGGAGAGAGAGCUAUCACUCCUGCUGUAUGUGCACCAAAAUUCAUCUAUUGAAAACUAGUUAUUGAUAGACCUAGAACAUUAAUUCCUUCCAGUGGUGCUGUAAUUCUGACCUAUCUCUUGACCAGAUGAAGUCCAUUGAAAGUAAGUCGAUAUAGUGUUGCACAUGAUAUACUCCAGGCUAUUAAUAAUCAAAAACAUUUGAAAAGUUUUGGCCACCUCUUGCAGUAAAAUAAUGGGACCAGAACUGUGGAAGUUGGGUGUUUAGUAUGUAGGGAAUAUAUGUGAUGCCCCUGCAGUAAGUUGAUGAGGGGAUGUACAGUAAAUGUUUGUGACUUGGAAAUAGAAGAUGUGAAUGGACCACCACUCACUCAUUUAACAUCCCUGCCAACUCUGGAAGUGCCUUAUUCGCUGGCAAGCACCUGGAAUCAGCAUCAGAUACAGGUCUGAGGAUGCUUUGGUUGCAUGCUAAAUUUUAGUGUUAGAGGUGAUGCAGCUUUGGAAAAAAUAAUUUGUUUUUGAACAGCAUUCAAAAGAAUAUUCCGAACCUUUGUGGCCUUGAAACUGAGUUUCUUGCACUUGUGGGGGCUGUGGCUGGAGCAAUCGGGUACUAGACUGUCUGCUGCCACCUUUCACUGGUGUGACGUUGCCAGCAGAUGACUUUCCAGUUCUUGCAGACCAUAGGGAAAUUUUAGCGGUCGAUUUUAGUAAGGCUUUUGCGGAAAUUGCUUGGCUCAGAGAGAAAAAAAAUGUAUAUGUGUCCAGACUCUUGGUUUGUUCUUAAGUUGGAAUCUUAAUAAAGUCUUCUUAUUUGGAAAAUUA